AUGGGAUUAAAAGUUCUUCCUAUUCCUGUUCAUAAGGUGUAUAUUGACUGUGACCUUGUUAAAGUGACUGGUGGUCUGAUUGAGUCUGGGUUUGAGGAGAGCUCUACAGUGGUGCCAGAGGUCACGUCCUCCUGCGUGAUCCUGUGUGCUAUGGCCAAAGCUAUGCUGUGUAGAAGCCAGAAGGCCAGGCAUUGCUCCACUGGUCGGGGUGGUCGGGGUGGUCGUGGUGGCGGCGGCUUUGAUGGUGGUCGUGGUGGCGGCGGCUUUGAUGGUGGUCGUGGCGGCAGCGGCAGCAGGGGUCGAGGACGUGGCAAGGAGAUGUUCUGUUAUCGGUGUGGAGAUCAAGGACAUUUGGCCAGGGACUGUGACCAAACGGAGGAUGUGUGCUACAACUGCAACAAACCAGGCCACAUGGCUCGUGACUGUGGGCAUGCCAACGACCGGAGGUGCUACUCCUGCGGGGGGCUUGGUCACAUCCAGAGACGUUGUGAGAAGGUGGUAUAUUGUAAUUAG